CCCUGGUACGUCAGUCAGACAGCAAUGGCGGCCUUCGCUGUAGCACGGAGUAGCUGUGGUCUGCUUUCCGGACUAAAAGCUUCUUUUAAAACAUUCGGACAGGUAAAACAUGGCGUGGCUUCGGCAGCGGUUGCACAGUCCGAGCUGCAGCAACAGUCUCGGCGGUGGUAUUCCGUUAGUCAUCUCUCCGUCCAGGAGAGGAUAGACAGAAAGAGAAAUGCUGCGCUGAUCGGAGGAGGUCAGAAGAGAAUUGACGCGCAACACAAAAGGGGGAAGCUGACAGCCAGAGAGAGAGUUGAGCUCCUGUUGGAUAAAGACUCGUUUGUAGAGUGUGACAUGUUUGUGGAACAUCGCUGCUCUGACUUCGGCAUGGAAGAGGACCACAACAAGUUCGCAGGGGACAGUGUGGUGACUGGACAGGGGAGGAUCAACGGAAGGCUGGUGUACGUCUUCAGUCAGGACUUCACAGUAUUUGGAGGCAGUCUGUCUGGGGCUCACGCACAGAAGAUCUGUAAGAUCAUGGACCAGGCCAUGAUGGUGGGUGCUCCAGUCAUUGGUCUAAACGACUCUGGCGGAGCCAGGAUCCAAGAGGGGGUGGAGUCACUGGCUGGAUACGCUGACAUCUUCCUGAGGAAUGUGAUGGCUUCAGGUGUGGUUCCUCAGAUCUCUCUGAUCAUGGGUCCCUGUGCUGGAGGAGCUGUCUACUCUCCUGCCCUGACCGACUUCACCUUUAUGGUCAAGGACACCUCAUACCUGUUCAUCACAGGUCCUGACGUAGUGAAGUCUGUCACCAAUGAAGACGUCACUCAGGAGGAACUGGGAGGAGCUAAAACACACACCGCCGUGUCAGGCGUCGCUCACCGUGCAUUUGAGAACGACAUCGAUGCUCUGCUCAACCUCCGAAACUUCUUCAACUUCCUUCCUCUUAGCAACCAGGACCCCGCCCCUGUUACCGAGUGCCACGACCCCAGUGAUAGACUGGUUCCUGGUCUGGACACCAUUGUUCCCUUUGAGACCACUAAAGCCUACGACAUGCUGGACAUCAUCCAGGGGAUUGCGGACGAGAGGGAGUUCUUCGAGAUCAUGCCUAACUACGCUAAAAACAUCGUAGUGGGAUUCGCUCGCAUGAACGGACGAACUGUUGGAAUUGUAGGGAAUCAACCUAAAGUAGCAUCUGGUUGUCUGGACAUUAACUCAUCAGUGAAGGGAGCUCGCUUUGUUCGUUUCUGCGACGCUUUCAACAUCCCCAUCCUCACCUUCGUGGACGUGCCCGGCUUCCUGCCAGGUACGUCACAGGAGUAUGGCGGUAUCAUCCGACACGGGGCCAAGCUACUGUUUGCCUUUGCUGAGGCCACAGUCCCCAAGAUCACCAUCAUCACUAGGAAGGCCUACGGAGGAGCGUAUGACGUAAUGAGUUCCAAGCACCUGAGAGGAGAUGUGAACUACGCCUGGCCGUCUGCAGAGGUGGCCGUGAUGGGAGCCAAGGGUGCUGUACAGAUAAUCUUCAGAGGGAAAUCCAACCAGGCAGAGCAGGAGGCUGAAUACGUAGAGAAGUUCGCCAACCCUUUCCCUGCCGCUGUCAGAGGGUUCGUGGAUGACAUCAUCGUGCCAUCGACCACCCGGAAGAGGAUCUGUAGGGAUCUGGAGGUUCUGGCCUCCAAGAAACAGACCAACCCCUGGAAGAAACACGCCAACAUCCCACUCUAACAGACAUCUUCAACCACCCGACCUGUCUCUCACUUCACCUAUAGCUUAGAUCAGGGCUCUUCAGCCCUGUUCCUGGAGAGAUACUGUCCUGUAGGUUUUUGCUCAAACCCCAAUCUAGCCACCUGAUUCUAGUAAUUAGCUGGUUGAUAAACAAUCAGGUUAGUUACAACUGGGGUUGGAUCAAAAACCUCCAGGAGGGUAGCUCUCCAGGAACAGGGUUGGAGAGACCUGGCUUAGAUCAAUUUAUGUAUCUAACCCUGUGGGACUUGUUUGGAAGAAUCAGCACACCUGCCGUGAGUCCAUAGACUAGUUUGUUAAAUAAAAAUGUCUCUGUGUCCGCGUGUGAGACAGAAUGUUAUAUCCCAAUGGCAGUUUGAACGUGUGUGAUAAUCAGCCAAGCACCCUGACUCAUCCUAGUCACCAAUGCUGGAAGAAGGACCCACUUGUCAUAAUUGACUAAAAGUAAAGAUGCCUUAAUAGAAAAUGACUCAAGUAAAAGUGAAAUUCACCUA